AUGGAAACGGUAAAACCAGCCUCUCCGAUAGUAUCUAGAAAACAAUCAUCAGUUGAGGAGAACAAUGCACCAGCUGUCAUGAACACAGCUACUAGCAUUAGGCAAGAGAUUAGCAGUGCGCUGGAACGUGAAAGCACAGCUCCUUGUGUAUCUCCGGAAGACUCUGAUCCUGAUGUUGUACUAUCACUGUUUGCUCAAAUUAAUCAGCGAAUUCCUUACAUUGACUCCGAUAGUUUGACCUCGCUGUUAGGCCCAGACGAUAUAGCAGAAAAUUCAAAAACUGAGACGACGGAGCCAAUGAAAGACGAGCCACCAAAUGCAGAAGAGGUACGGAUACCCCUAUUAACAGUAUCAAAAGUGGUUGGUAAGGAACGAGAGGGAUCAAGUAUUCGCCGGUUAUUUGCUUUUUCAAGUUUGUUACGUAAUGGAAGCCGCAGGCAACGAAAUCGAUCUAGGAAGGCAAAAUCUCGGUCUGAAAACCGAGCUAAAAAGGCUUUAAGAACAAUCACGUUUAUCCUGGGAACGUUUACAGUUUUAUGGACACCAUUUUACGUGCUCGCAACAGUAAUUGGUUUUUGUGAGUCAUGUACAAAAUUUGAUACUUUUAACAUAAUGUAUACAAUAAGUUAUUACUUGUGCUAUAUGAACAGCCCAAUUAAUCCGUUUUGCUAUGCAAUGGCCAACCAGCAGUUUAAACGCGUUCUUACUCGGAUAUUUAAAGGUGACUUUAGAAGAGUCUAA